UACGCUGGUCCUUGUACUCGCUACGCUGGUCCUUGUACUCGCUACGCUACACAUGCGACCAAUGGACGUCACACGCAGAUCGUGGCAUGCAAUCAUUCCUCUCAUUGGCUGAUACUUUGGUUUGCACUCAGUACAGCUUCCACGACUGUAAAGUCUACAAAAUGUACAUAUAUACGAAGAUUUCCUCCCUCGUUCCGACGCUGAGACGCAGUGCUCGAUGUAGCAUGUGUCGACGUCAUCGAUACCGACUAAGCCGCAAACAGCGCACUACUUUGGGCGUGAAACUACCUACAGCCUCAACCACUUGGCCUGAAAGUCACGAUAUCUGAUCCGUGUUUACUUCGAGAUACACUACUUCGACUCGUUGUUGAGUGCACUGUUAACUGUCAUCGAGUCCAUCGCUUGUUGCCAACACCUUCAAGAUGAAUUACAUCUCCGAUUAUGUGAUGUCUGACGCCGUUGUCAACCCUCUUCUAGACAAUGGAUACCUCCCACACUUUGUCAUUCGUCGCGGUAUCCGGGCCCAACUCGCAGACCGCUUGAACUCGAUUGCAACUACAUCACUCGAGGCAGCAUAUGAGUCCAAAAUGAAGUAUGUUGAACUGCUUCGCACCAGACCCAUCGCCAUUGAGACGGCAACCGCAAACGAGCAGCACUAUGAAGUCGGCACUUCUGUAUUAAAAGGCAUGCUCGGCCCGCGAAUGAAGUACUCGGCCUGCUUGUAUGAAAAGGGCGGGGAAACGCUUGCACAGGCGGAAAUCGCAAUGUUGAAACUCUACGUGCAGAGAGCGGAUUUGAAAGACGGACAGCGCAUUUUGGAUCUCGGCUGUGGAUGGGGCUCAGCAUCUCUCUUCUUCGCCGAAGUCUUCCCCAACUCGCAAAUCACCGCCUUCUCCAACAGCCGCACGCAGAAACAGCACAUCGACAGCGUCGCCGCAUCCAAAGGCUUCAAAAACCUGACCGUGAUCACUGGCGACGUCGUCGACUACGAGUUCGAGCCCAACAGCUUCGACCGCGUCGUCUCCAUCGAGCUCUUCGAGCACAUGAAGAACUAUGCGCUGCUAACCGCCAAGGUAUCACGUGCGCUCAAGCCCGGCGGCAAGUUGUUCGUGCACAUCUUCGCGCACAAGACUACGCCGUAUGACUUUGACGGUGGGUGGAUGACAGAGCAUUUCUUCACGGGCGGCACGAUGCCGUCGGCUGAUUUGUUGCUUUUCUUCCAAGAGGAGCUGAGACUCAAGAGGCAGUGGUGGGUCAAUGGCAUGCAUUAUGGCAAGACGUGUGAGGAUUGGUUGACGACGAUGCUGAGUAAUGAGAAGGUCAUCAAGGAGGGGCUGAAGGAGACCUAUGGGGAAGAGGGCGUGACGAUGUGGUGGAAUAGGUGGCAGGUCUUCUAUCUGGCGUGUGCGGAGUUGUUUAAGUGGGAGGGAGGAGACACGUGGGGUGUUAGCCACUAUCUCUUUGAAAAGCCGGAGUAGGUGGUGAUCAUAAUCAUUCGUAGCUGCAACCUUGGAGUGUCCAGGAAUGUGACGACAGCCAAACCGUAGUAUAGAUGUACCAAACCGUUUUCUGAGCUGA